AUGGCUCCUCCGGCCUGGAGCGCUACUUGGUUGAUUCAGACGUGUGUGGUCAUCUUUUACUGCCUGGCCUUUGUUCUUUGUGUGCUCGGCAACGGUGUGGUUAUCUGGGUGACCGGCUUCAAGAUGAAGAAAACCGUGAACACGGUUUGGUUCCUCAACCUCGCUGUGGCUGACUUCCUCUUCACAGCGUUUCUGCCCCUGAGUGUCACCUACACAGCUUUGGAUUUCCACUGGCCUUUUGGAAAAUUCAUGUGCAAACUGAACACCACGAUAAGCUUUCUGAACCUGUAUGCCAGUGUCUACAUUCUGGUGGUGAUCAGUGUGGACAGAUGUGUGUCUGUGGUGUGGCCCGUCUGGGCCCAGAACCACCGAAGUAUACGCAAGGCAUCCUUCGUUAGUCUGGGGGUUUGGGUACUGGCUCUGAUACUCAGCACUCCAUACUUCAUCUUCAGGGACACUGGGCCAUCUUAUAACGAUGCAGAUGUCAUUCUCUGCUUCAACAAUUUUACUCUUUCUGACGACAACAAAAACGAGUCUGUGUAUCAGCUGGGACUGUUUGGGGAAAAGGCCAUGGGCAUCACCCGCUUCCUCCUGGGAUUUGUUGUCCCCUUCACUGUCAUUGUCUCCUGUUAUGCUGUCAUAAUCCAUCACAUCAGAAGAAACCGCACCCUGGCCAGCCACUCAAGUCGCUCCUUUAAGAUCAUCGCUGCUGUUAUCACUGCUUUCUUCUUGUGUUGGGCUCCCUUUCACAUUGUGGCUUUAAUAGAGUUGGCAAAUUCUCUACUUUCUAUUCGAAGUGAUAAAUUAGACCAUGUCAUCACUAUCGGAAUCCCUAUAGCAACCAGCCUGGCCUUUCUCAACAGUUGCCUGAACCCACUGCUCUAUGUGUUCAUGGGACAAGAUUUCAAGGAUAAAGUCCGCAAAUCCAUCCUGAAUGUUUUGGAAACUGCCUUCAAGGAAGAGGUUUCUGGCCGUAACACUGGAACAAAGUCAGUGGACACCAUUCAGAGUACAGAGAUGUUGUCCCGUAAUAAUCAAGUAUAAGGUUUCCCAUGACAUGGAGGAAAUAAUUCUGAAACUGUAAAUUUAAAAAAUGGAUUUAUCAACGUACUUUUUUGCUAAUUUUAUGGAAUCGUCAAGACAAGAGGUAAAGAUUAUCCAAGACUUCCACCUCAUUUAGAUUGAUUUAUGUGAGUUGACCAUGGAUGGUUUCCAAUCGGUUGAAUGUUAUGAUGCAUUUGUUAAUUUUAUUAAAGAAAUACCUUUUUUAUUUUGGGAAAAUACUACACUGUCUACAAUGCCAUUGUAAACCAGGCUAUUUAACCUUCUUUUCCAUCAAACCAUUAUUCCAAUGCUAAUACUGAUAAAAUAUCAGUACAUAACCACUUUUCUUCUGCUGCAGGAUCAAUUUUCAUAUCCAUUAUUAUAUCUUUAUAUUCAAACAGUCAUGUAACAUUUGACAAUUUAUAUAUUAUAAUUAACCAUUAAUAGUGCAAACACAAUAAUUGUUUCACAAUUAAACCGACCCAAGUCAAGUAGAGUAACAAAAAAACCAUCCUGAGUCCCACCCUGGUUUCAUAUAUGUGAUAUAAAAUUCCAACCUAUCGAGGACCCCUCUCUGAAAUUAUUUUCUUUAAGAAUAUGUAUUUGUUUCUUCCUCCAGUAUCUUAAAUGGUGUUUUCUGCCUAUUGGACCUUGGAAAGUAGUCCAUGUAGCAGGGAUGUAAACCACAUACCCCCUGUGUUUUUAUAUCUGUUAAAAAGACAACUCAAUUGUUUCAGAGUAGCACAGUUCUUUAUCAUGUGGACUGAUUCACUCUG